ACCCACUGCGCAAGCAAGGAGAAAGCGCUAACAGGGGAGAGGACCAGAGGGAAUGACAGUGACAGUGAGGCUGCGGCUGCCCUCAGCCUGACUCCAAGGACAGAUGAGUGAUGUUUGCUGUCAUUACAAGAAGUUCCUGCUUGAUAAAUACUGUCUGGAGAAAACAAGUAGUCACCUCUCCUGGAAGGUCACAAAACAAUGUAGACCCCACAGGCUGCCAGAUUAUUACACUUACCCCUCCACCUAUCACAAGGAGACCGGAGACAGGGAUCCAGCCCACCACAAGGACACCCAAGUGUGACGUCCUUUUCUUUUCCUCACAAAGGCCCAGAGUCCACAUUGCAUUUCCACAGAGACCUUUCCUCCUUUCAAGGCGCAAACACAGUUUCCAGCUCCAUCCAUUUUUGCCACACAGUCACCUUACUCCUUAUUUUAAAUGUUUCUCCAGAAGAAAACUCCAGAGACGAAGCUCAUCUGAGGGAAGCAGAGAGAAAAGAGAAGCCCCUGGCAUGCUUAAGCAAAAGAAACCAAUGCCUCAGAAAAGACUAUAAAAAGAUAUGUUUUCUUUUUCCAAACUAAAACUGUUGGAUUUGAAGAUUCAGUCUCUGAAACACUACCAACUAGAAAUUGAUCGUGUCAGCAGUUAAAAUAAUUGGUUUAUAGAGUAUUCAUGUUUGCAAAAUAAGUUUAUUCUUAUCCCCAGAUUUUUAUUACAGGAUAUUUAUGCAAAUAAAAUCCCAAAAUGGGCGUUUCCAAUAGUUACUAUCCAUACUGAGAUGCCAGAAGAAUCAGCUCCCUCUUCUAAAUUAGAUGAAGAUUAAUCUAACUUAAGUAAACUUAAUAAUCUAAUUUAAAUUAAAUAAAUGGAGAUCAUUAUAAGCCAAAUGAAGACACUAAUGGUACCCUUUUAUACUCAAUGGAAGACUUGCCGAGCCAGGAGCAUUUACAAAGUGAACUUUAAAUAAAUUAUAGAAAGCUGAAAGUUUUAUUUUAUUCUGUUUGACAGUGGUUAGGUUAAGAUAUUUAUUCAUUUGGUUUUUAUAGAAGAAUAAUUAACAUAACAUAUUUGUUUUCAGGUAUACAACAUAUGUUUCAAUACUUGUAUAUGUUGCAAAUGAUCACCACAAUAAACACAGUUAA